AUUUUUAGACAGCAAAAACAGCGGUAGAUAAACAAACAAAAAACAAAGAAACUGAAACUGAAACGAAAGAAGCCGCAAAUAAUUUUGGAAGUUAUUCCGUUGUGUAAUAGUGCUCCGUUUGUUUGAAUUGCUGUUUUGUUGCCCCGCUGAGUGCUCCAGAAAGAUGCCCCUGUACUCUGACUCAACCAACUACUACUACAGCGGUGGCAGCAGCCAGCUGUACUCUCCAUACUACAGUUCCAGUUCCGGACUGGGGCUGAGCGGCGUUGGAUCGGGAGCCGGAUCCAGCUACACGUCCAACUACAAUCGUUCGUAUCCGGGCAGCUAUAUGGUGCCCCUGUCGCCGUCUUCGCCGCGAUCCCCAAGCAGCUACUCGAGCGGCAGCAGCACUGCCAGCUCCCUACAUAGCCUGGGAUCUCGCUACCAACCGAAGCUGACGACUAUCACGGAGAGCUCGGGCCUGGUUGGACGUCAUGCCGGCCACAGCAGCCUAAUGCCCCUCACCCGGAUACAGUCGCCCAAGUAUGUUUCGAGCCCCACACACACCUAUAGCCACAGCUGCGCCAACAGCAGCAGCAGUCGCUAUAUACCGCCACGACCAAUAGCCAUCAACACGGCGGACAUCGAUGUGAGUUCUUCCCGGUAUCGGAGGCCUGCGUCCUCGAGCCGCAGCACUGAGAAGGAGGAAAGGGAUCGGGGGAAGGAUAAGGAAAAGGAAAAGGAAAAGGAAAAAGAAAAGGAGAGGGAAGAGAAAUUCAAGGUGCAAGUGGAUCUGGCCCAUAAGGAAGAAACUUCGUCUGCUACCGUGGAGGCCCAGCAGUCCGUCCCAGAAAAUCGACAGCCCCGUCGCUCCACCAUCAGACGCAAUCGGGCCGUGGUACGGCUCUCCACCGUCCGAAGAAAGAGCAGGGAGCGCACAGGAACCUCAGCCGAAAAUAUUUUGGCUGCCAAAGAAGAGCAGAGGUCUGCCGCGGAGCACCAGUUCCGAGAUUUGCCGCCUGCGACCGAACCGAGUCUUAGCUGGCGCCAGAAGCUGGCCGAUGAGCUGGCCGCAUUUCCCACCGUCAGCAACAAGAAGUCGCCAGGAGAGCUUCUGAGGGAGCGUUUCUUCAUCCGCGACGACAAGGAUCUGGAGGAGCAGCACCAAGAAUUGAGGCCCAUUCGGAUACCAGUCCAGGAGAUGGCCCAGCCACAUCCACAGCUACAGAAUGUCCGUGGAGGCCAGGCUCUGGAGAAGAAGGUAAACACACAGUUAACAGAGGAAAGUGAAGAUGGAAACGAGGAGAGCGAAAUGGAAAUGCAGCAGAGAAUCCGUCGACUUAGCCUUGUUCAGUGCCCGACCUUUCACGAUAUCUGUGAGGACAUUUCCUCGGAUAAGAUCGACGACGAUCUGAAUGCCGGAGAGCUGCGACGCCGUGCCUCUAUCAUCCAGGAGCAGGAGCAGGAAAUACUCAAUAAGCUGCAGAAGUCAAGCUCCGGCAGCUUUCAGUUGAUUCACUUGGAGCGGCGAUCCAGCCACGACAGUACCACGGCUGACGAGUCGUCCAGCGGACAUCGUCGCAGCUCCAAGCAGCGCAAGAAAAGCAAGAAGCUGCGCCACAAGAUCACGGCAAUUGUUGAGGUGCAGAAUGCACCAAGCGUGGCUCAGCUGGAGCACAUGCCCAGUGUUCUGGAGCUGAACGAGGACAGUGUCACGACGAUGCCGCUGCAGCCAGCCAACUCCGCCCCUGCAUCCACAUCGAGCUCCACCCGCAGUUCCAGUCCCAAGCCGAAGUUUACGGUCAACGUGAAAGUGGAGGAGCAUAGCCAGAUACACAAAGUAUUUAAGCUACCCAAGAAAAAAACAGUUCAUAAGCCAGCAGAGUCCCAGCAGGAUGUUCAGGUGGAGAUUGCCCUUCCCGAUGGAUUUAUGAAAGCCGCCCCCAAGCCAGCCAUAACAUCGCCACUGAAAAAGCGGAAGGCGGCGCCACAGCAACAGAAACAGAAACAGAUGCCGGAGCAGCUCGUGAAUGUGGCUCAGAUAUUCACCUUCGAAGAGGCGGCAAUUCAACAGGCACAGCCUCCGGAGACCAAGGUGGAAGGUACGGCCACUCCCAAACCCAUUCGGAAAGUUAUCAGGAAAUCGGAGAGCGGUGAUGACUUCUGGUCGCAGAUCGGAUCACGGGAGACGCUCUACAUGACCAAUCGCAAGAAGGCGAUUACAGAACGACAAGAGAAGGUCCAAGAAGAGAGUGGCGAAGUUAAAGAGCAACUUCAGUCAAAAAGUACACCAACGACACCAAAGCUUAAGUCAGAGCUUCUCAUUGAGCUCAAGACAACUUGUGUAAGUACAGCAACAUGUGCUAAGGCGAUUACAACAACAACACCAACGAUUACAGCAACGACGCCACAAAUAUCCGCAGCUAAAACCUUUCUGACAAAGCCAGAAAGCCCACCAGAAGUUUUAAAAAAAAUAUAUUCAACAGAAGGGGAAAUAUUAUCAGGCGUCGAAGCUAAAAAUACUUCACCAAUGACAACACUAACAUCAAGAGCGACAACCACAACCAAAGAUCUUAACAAAUUAUCAUCAACAAUUACACAAGAUUCGCCAAUAACAGUUCCACCCGAAUUGACAAUCGUAGCAAAAUCAACAGAUUCCCCAGUGGCUACUCAAACAGCAACCGCAACAAAAAAUGUACCACUAAAAAAAUGUGCAAAUGCUAUAACUGCGAUAGAUUCAACCAAAGAAAAACUAACAAAUACAGCAAAAACCGAUUCACUAUUGCAAAAUUCAGCACAAUCCAUAGAUUCACCAACUAUUAAUUCACCAAUAAUAUCAACAACACAACCAAUAAAAGAUUCAACAAAGCCAACAAUCACCGUACCACCUACGGAAGACAAAAAAUCAACACCGAAAACCACGAAAAAUUCACCAACAUCAAAGUUGCAAUUUUCAGAAGACUCACCAUUAACAGCCAUGAUAACAGCAAAGACGCUGACAAAACAAGAGUCGCCAACAGCGGCAACACCAAUAACAACAACGACUAAAGCAACAGGAAAAACUACAUCGCCAGAGGCUAAGAUGCUGGUAUCUGGCAACGCUGCACAGACGGGCAUCCAAGUUGUCAUGACAACGACAAAUGCCGUGGCAAAAUCUGCAACAGCUACAAAAGCGACGGGAGGGCCAAAAAUAAAUAGCGGGCAAUCGGCCAAGUCACCUGAACAACAACAGGCAACAACAGCGGCAGCCGGCGCCGUCGUCGUCGCAGUGCCAGUCCCAGUGGCAGCCACGAAAUUAGAUAAAACAACGCACAAGGAACAGCAUCAGCGACAGCAACCAGCAGAAGGAGCUACCGCCACAGCAACAUUGAGACAGCCAACGGAAAUAAAACCGAAAUCGACGGAAGCCGUUGAGCCAACGGAAAAGUCAAAGGUCCCAUCACCGAAAACGACAAAGCCAAAAAAUGCCGGUAAAACAAAUAAUGCGGCAAAAAAGAAGGCAGCCUCACCAUCCACUGCAGCUAUAGCAGCAGCAGCACCAGCAACAGCUGAUAGCAAUGUGACCCCAAUCAAUGCCGAUCAUUUUAUAACGCUGGCCCCCACAAAGGCGGCCAAAACAUCGCCAGGGAAGCAGCAACACCAACAGCAGCUGCAACAACCACAGGCGCAAUUGGUGGCCACAAAUGCGUCAUCGCUGGCGGCAGUCGCUGCAACGACAACGCCUACAACAAUGGCCGCUGCCACUGCCACUGCCGCAGCAGAAACAGCAAUAACAAUAGAGCGGUCUGUUGCCAGUGUUGAUGUUGCGGCUGCAGUCGCUGGGAUCGAGAUCGAGAUCGGCAUCGGCAUCGACACCGACAUCGGCGAUGACCGAAGCGGCGACGGCAACGCCAACAGCUGUGGCGAAGGCGUCGGCAAUAAUUUAUCAAAGUUUGCAACAGUAUCGAAUUUGGCACAGUGUCUGCGAGACGUUGAUGCCGAGCUCGAGGACUAUAUACCAUCGUCAGCGGAGAAUAGCGACGACGACAGUUCGGACGAUUACUCCAGCGCGGCCGGUUGUGCGAAUCUGAGCGCCAGCAUGAAGAAGAAGCAGCGCAAGGAGAAAAAGAAACAGAAGGCGAAAGGGGCAGCGGCAGCGCCACCCCGUUUCGAUCCCCACAAGAAGGUCAAAAUCGAUACGACCAACAAGUGCUACGUAAAGGAGGAGGCGCCCCGGUAUCCCCUUGUGGCCACACCGCGGCCCCUGUGGAAGCGCGAGAAGAUCGUCUACUCCGACGAGAACACCGACGACGAGAGCAGCGAGGAUGGGAGCGAGGCUACCGCUGGCUCCCUAGACGAGGACACUGAUGAUGAGAGCGAAGAGUGCAGCUCCUCCAGCAGCAGCGCCAGCUCCGAGGAGUCCGAAACGGCGGCCACCAGCAAGCGGAGAACGGACGAGGCCGAUAGAGAGACGGCGGCUGCCGCUGCUGAGGGCAGCAACAGAACAGUCACCUCAGCGGCGACUCUAAGCGUGGGGGCGGCAUCCACUUCGACGUCCAGCUCGCCAUCGAUCAUACGGAUGAGCACGUGCAGCAAUGAUUCCGGCUUCGAGGGCGGCACAGCACCCUCCAGUCCCAAAAAGAUGCUAGAAUGUGACGUGAAUUGCCACAAGAAAUGCGAAAGGCUCACGGCCAAUUUAUGCGGCGUCAAUCAGAAACUCAUCGUAGAGGCGCUCACCUACGUGAAGCGAGGCGCCCGGGAAGCCCGCGACUCGCCCAGCACACCGCCCAGCCUGAAUCCAGCCUAUAAGAUCGAGGCCGGUGAUGAACACGAUGAAACAUCAUAUACAUAUUCACAAUUCCAAAAAUCCGGACGUUUCACUGCGCCAGCAACAGUAAUACCUAGGUUUAAGAAUUAUUCAGUAGAUGAUUUUCACUUUCUCGCCGUUCUCGGCAAGGGAAGUUUCGGCAAGGUUCUACUGGCUGAGCUGCGUGAUACCACAUACUACUACGCCAUCAAAUGCCUGAAAAAGGAUGUCGUCCUGGAGGAUGACGAUGUGGACUCGACGCUGAUUGAACGCAAAGUAUUGGCACUGGGCACCAAGCAUCCGUAUCUGUGCCAUCUGUUUUGCACCUUUCAAACGGAGAGCCACUUGUUCUUUGUGAUGGAGUAUCUGAAUGGCGGUGAUCUCAUGUUCCAUAUACAGGAGAGUGGACGCUUCUCCGAGGAGCGAGCCCGAUUCUAUGGCGCUGAAAUAAUCUCUGGCCUCAAAUUCCUACACAAGAAGGGCAUUAUCUACAGGGAUCUCAAAUUGGAUAACGUUCUGCUGGACUACGAAGGUCAUGUGCGCAUUGCCGAUUUCGGCAUGUGCAAAUUGCAGAUCUACUUAGACAAGACGGCCGACAGUUUUUGCGGCACACCCGAUUAUAUGGCACCCGAAAUCAUUAAGGGUGAAAAGUACAAUCAGAAUGUGGAUUGGUGGUCGUUUGGUGUGCUGCUCUAUGAAAUGCUGAUCGGUCAAUCGCCAUUCAGUGGCUGCGACGAGGAUGAACUCUUCUGGUCCAUAUGCAAUGAAAUUCCAUGGUUUCCUGUUUACAUAUCCGCUGAGGCCACGGGCAUACUCAAGGGGUUGCUGGAGAAGGAUUAUGCAAAAAGGAUUGGUUCACAGUACAGUCCAGCUGGUGAUAUAGCCGAACACAUAUUCUUUAGGCCCAUCGACUGGAAUCUACUCGAGAGGCGGCAAAUCGAGCCUCCCUUCAAGCCCCAAGUGAAACAUCCCCUAGAUACUCAAUACUUUGAUCGGGUAUUCACUAGAGAACGGGUUCGGCUCACACCCAUCGACAAGGAGAUAUUGGCCUCCAUGGAUCAGAAACAGUUUCAUGGGUUCACUUACACGAAUCCCCACAUUACCCUGGACUAGAUCUAGGCCCAUCCUAAAAGAAUAUCUUAACUAAUUCUUCAGAGAAACAGUAUUUGUAAAUGUAUAUAUUCAAUAUGAAACAAUAUUGAAGCCAUCCCUAAUGAUGGGAAGCGGAGCCGAGCCAUGAAGAUGAAAGCAGCUCGAUGAUCGUGGAUAGUUUUGAAGAGGGUACAAUUGUUAGGCUAACCCGAAUAUGAGUAAUAGGCGGUGCCGAUGCGCCAUAGCUCUCUCGAGUAUAAUUCUAGUCAAUUAGCCAUACAUCUACCUAUAUCUAAGUCUAUAAACUUUACUCUAAUUGUACAGAUAUCCUUAUCUCUAUCAUAGACGCGUUCACCCACAAACGCAUACUAUAUACUUACAUACAUACAUACACAUAUGGGACAUUUUUUUUGGCAAUAUUAAUUUUUUUUCCUAAUUGUAGUGAUAC